AAUGCCCAAAGAAAUAUUCCAAAUAUCAUCCCUAUCACGAAAAUCUGCAAAAUUUUAUCAAGACAGCCUACAGCCUACAGCCUACAGCCUACUGCUAAAUGGAACAGCCAUCAGUAGAUCAGCAGAAGCUUAUGAAAAAAGUUAUGAAAUAGUUGAGUACUUUAAUGAAGCUGGUUUAUUUGAUAGACCUAAAUGCAAAAAUGAAGAAACUGUUGAUAAAAUUAUUGCAUUUCUAACUGAGCAUAAAAAUGAAAUAUUUAAAUUUUUACCUGGAAUGGCACACCUCAAUAAAGAAUUGAGAGAGUUUGAUACUGGUGUUAAACUUGUUGUUUGUACUCUAAUUAAUUCUAAAGAUUUAACACAAUUCAAUAAUAUAUUGGGAAUGUAUACUUUUACACCCAUAUUAGAUAUUGAAAAAUAUGAACAUCUAGCAGCAUCUCUUUUCCUCCUUCCUUCAGAGUUCUAUCACAAAGCAAUGGAGUUUAGCAAUGAUUUCUUGUUGAGAAGUAUCCUCAUUAACAAUUCACCUGGAAAACAGAAAAAUCUGAUCACAAUGGGCAAACAAUUGAUGGAUAUCUAUGAAGAUUUAAAGAAUAUAGGCCUAGUCAAUAGGCUAAUAGAGCAAACUCCAAAAACAUGUGAUGAUAGUAAAUAUGAAAUUGUUGUUGAAAUGGUGAAAUAUUUAAAAAAGAAUGAACAUGUUCUAUCGAAUACAAUCUUUGCUUUGAGAGAAAAAUAUAUCAACUAUUCAAUCCCUUCUGUAGAUUUCUCACAUUGGAUUUCAGACUUUUUAUGCCUACUUUCUGACUCUUCUAUGCAAGAUUUUCAUUCCACUCUUUAUGGUUAUUUAGGCAAUUUCAAAACAUUGCUUUAA